UCUCUUUCCUCACCAACGCACCCGGCAAUCAGCAGUCAAGCAAUCUCCACACACAUCUCUCCUACUCCCGAAUCCGUUCUCCACCUAGCCAUGGACGCCUCAGCCACCGUAGCCGCCGGGAAGGGGAAGAAGGGCGCGGCCGGGCGCAAGGCCGGCGGCCCCAGGAAGAAGUCCGUGUCGCGGUCCGUCAAGGCCGGGCUCCAGUUCCCCGUCAGCCGCAUCGGGCGCUUCCUCAAGAAGGGCCGCUACGCGCAGCGCGUCGGUUCCGGCGCCCCCGUCUACCUCGCGGCGGUCCUCGAGUACCUCGCCGCCGAGCUGCUGGAGCUGGCGGGCAACGCCGCCAAGGACAACAAGAAGAGCCGCAUCACCCCCCGCCACCUGCUGCUCGCCAUCAGGAACGACGAGGAGCUCGGCAAGCUGCUCGCCGGCAUCACCAUCGCGCACGGCGGCGUCAUCCCCAACAUCAACCCGGUGCUGCUCCCCAAGAAAACCGCCGAGAAGUCGCCCAAGGAGCCCAAGUCGCCCAAGAAGACCGCCAAGUCCCCCAAGAAGGCGUAGGCGGCCAUUGCAUAGUUAGGUCGGAGUAGCUGGGAUGGAUGUUACAUGCAUGGGUGUGCUUCAGGAUACUUCAGCUCGAAGUAGACUGUUCUUGCUGUGUCCUUGUAUUUUCUGACCGUGGUUUCAAUGAAACUUUGCUUUCAUGCAA